AUGGACUUUUUAAACGAUACUGAUCUGGAUUUGGCCUUGCCAGUAACCGCUGAAAUAUCCAAGGAGCUGUUUGCAACAGAGAUUGAGAAGUACCGUGAAUCUCAAAAUGACGGGGCCGAUAUGGCUGCGUUUGAUAUCGAUAAGUUUUUAGUAGAGAAGAAUUUCCACUACCUCCCUCUUGACGCACUUAUUAGAGAUCUAUCUGGACUUUCACAAAAAAUGGUACAAACACUAUUAGAACAGAUAACAACCAAUUAUGAUGAUUAUUUGUCUUUCUCCAAUACAUAUACUGAUGAAGAAAAUAAAACGCUGUUGAAUUUGGAAAGGACGCAGAGCGACCUUCAAAAAUUCAUGACUCAAUUGGAUCAUUUGGUACAGGAAGACAUCACCAAUAGUCAAGAGAUCAUAAAGGAUGUCUUGGAAUACUUAAAGAAAUUGGAUGAGAUAUACGGUUCAUUACGCAACCAUUCACACUUGACAGCAGCACUUUCGCUGGGAAAGAAGCUAAGUAAGUCUCUUCAUGAAAUGUGCGGCAUAGAACCGCUAGAGGAAGAAAUAUGUUCUGGCUUGAUUGAACAGUUGUACAGUUUAGUCACGACGUCACGUCGAAUAUUGCAUUCGUUUGUUGAUUCGAACUCGCCAUAUGCUCAUCACCUGCGUAAUGAUUACCAAGAUCUUCUGCAAGAAUUUCAAAUAUCAUUGAAGAUUUUAACUGAAAAGUGUUUGGAGAACCCAUCAAGCUGCCAGAAACUGUCUUUAACACUAGUUUCCAUAUUAAAGAUCACAUAA